AUGGUUUCGUCCCAUUCCCCUGGUGAGAUGAGUGAGCCCUGUGAUUGGCUCUUCUUGUAUGAGUGACAGCAGACUCACCCUCUGGGCACAAAGAUGUGGUUUGCCGAGCACCCGCCGGCAGGGCAGGUUGUUCAGGAGGGACACCUGGCUGUCACGGCGCUUCACGCUUGGUGCCUGCCACCCCGCGAACUGCCCGCACUAUGGCCGCCCCGCCGCAGCUGCGGACUCUGCUCCUUGCGGUCAACGCACUCUUGCGCAAGCGCCGCUACCACGCUGCGUUGGCCAUGAUUAAGGGCUUCCGGAACGGAGCAGUCUACGGAGUCAAAAUCCGGGCCCCUCAUGCCCUGGUCAUGACCUUUCUCUUCCGGAGUGGCAGCCUCUGGGAGAAGCUGCGGGCCAUCCUGCAGGCCACCUACAUCCACUCCAGGACCCUGGCCAGCUUUGUGUUCACCUACAAGGGACUCUGCUCCCUGCAGUCCCAUCUGCAGGGCAAGACCUUCCAGGUGCACUCAUUCACUGCUGCCUUCAUCGGGGGCCUGCUGCUGUUUGGAGAAAACAAUAGCAUCAACAACCAGAUCAACAUGUACCUGUUAUCUCGCCUCCUGUUUGCCCUGUGCCGCCUGGGUUUGGACAAGGGCUACCUCCCCGAGCCCAGAUGGGACCCGUACCCGCUGUUCUCGGGUUUGGUGUGGGGGCUGGUGCUGUGGCUCUUUGAAUACCACCGGCCCACCCUGCAGCCCUCGCUGCAGUCCUCCAUGACCUACCUGUAUGAGGACAGCAACACGUGGCACGACCUCUCAGACUUCCUCCUCUACAACAAGAAGAAAUAACUCGGCCCGAAGUGCUUUUGGGGACUCCGGCGCUUGCCAGCCAUGGCUGCAGAUUGGCUCCAUCAGCGAAUCCCCCAGAAGAUCCUGCCUGUUCAAGAUCUGAGGUCUCAGACUCUAGCUUUUCUCAGCCUGGGGUCCUGCUGGCCAAAGUGAAAACACUGAUCUUCAAGUCCCAGUAGGUACUCUUGAAUGGUAGAAUAAGCCACCGAAUCAGGCCACCGAGCCUUGGCCACGGGGACAGCCGUGCUGCUGACCCUGUGAGACCCGGGCCCCAGGGGUCAUCGAGCUCAGAGGAGGGCGCUGAAGUCUGUUUCUGGUGGGUAUGUUCUUCGGCCGUUCUUCUGUAACCGAGGGCUCUGGCUGGUGGGUGGUUGGUUGCAAAUGUGUUUUUAGAAAAUCCUCAGUUCCUUGUCUUAGAUGUUCUGUUGGAGAAGCUCUAGAGUUUCCACUGUCCAGUAGAAACAUGAUGUGAGUCAUAUAUGUGAUUGACAUUUUUUUAGUAGCCACAUUUUUUUAAAAAGUAGAAAGAAUCAGGUGAGAUUAAGGUUAAUUAUAUCUUUUAAGCCAAUAUUUUUCAAACAUCAGCAUUUCAAUGUGUAAUAAAUCUAAAAAUCAAUGAGAUAGUUUACAUUCUUUUCUCUUGUACUAAGUCACCAAAGCAGGUGUGUGUUUUGCACCUCCAGCCUUUCUCCACUGCAACCAGCCAUGUUCUAGGUGCUCAGCAGCCCUGUGUGGCUAGUGGCUACUGUAUUGGACUAUGCAUAUAUAAAACCGUCUAUCCUCACAGAAAAUUCUAGUGGACAGUGCAGGUGUAGAGCUAGAGGGCAUGGGUUUGAGUCCCCAUUCCACCACUGUGUGGAAGUUCUUAACCUUGGGGAAGGUUCUUAACCUCUCAGAGCCUCAGUUUCUAGUAAAGUGAGGAUAAUCAUUGAAAUACCUAGUGUCCACAUUGGAUUUAUAUAACUACCAAGGCUGCUGCUUCUACUCACGACUUUUGUGUUGAGAGCUCCUACUUCCUCCUGGGUGCUGUGCACGUAUUAUUUUUAAUUCACACAGUGAUGACCUCUCAGGUACGCAUUUGGAUCCCCAUUUCACAGAUGUGGAAACUGAGGAUCAGAGAGGAGUGACUUGCCCAAGGUAAUACAACUAGUAUAACAGCCAAGUCAGGGUUUGAGGCCAGACUUAGGUGAUUUCAAAGUUCCUGUCUUCUUCAGUGCCUUACUUACUAUUUAUUUAUUUUUAUUUUUUAUUUUUUGUCUUUUUAGGGCCACACCCGCGGCAUAUGGAGAUUCCCAGGCUAGGGGUUGAAUUGAAGCUGUAGCUGCCUGCCUACACCAUGGCUCACGGCAAUGCCAGAUCCUUAACCCACUGAGUGAGGCCAGGGAUCGAACCCAUGUCCUCGUGGAUAUUAGUCGGGCUCAUUAACCACUGAGCCACAGUGGGAACUCCCACUCAGUGCCUUACUUUAAAUUUAGACACCUAAGCUAUGCUAUGCAAAUGUUGGCUAGUUAUAGGGGUACAAAUGCAAAUGCCUCUAAGGACCUGGUGGGUGGCAUAAACAAUAAUGUUUCUGGUGCCAGGCAGGAGGGCGUGAUGGAAACAUAGUGAAGUGGAGACUUGUGUGCCAGACUGAUUUUUUUUUUUUUUUUGCCGAACCUUGGCAUGUGAAAGUUCCCAGGCCAGGGAUCGAACCCAUGCCACAACAGUGACACGAGGCUGCUGCAAUGACAACAUUAGAUUUAACCCACUGCACCACCUGGGAAUUACAUAGACUGAUUUUAAAAUCUCCAAGCUGGACAAAUGAAACACACCCUAGGAGAGUUGGCCCAUGGGCCACCAAUUUGAGUAGGAACACGUCAAUCUCUUUUGAUAUUUUGGAAGUUACUAGUAGAAUAUUCACAUGAGUCACUGGAGAGCUGAUUAAAAUACAGGCUCUGACUCAGAGUGUUUGGCGUAGGGCCUGAGAUUCUGUAUUUCUCGUAGGCUCCCAGGUGAUACUGCUGUUCUCUGAGCUACACCCUGAGUCACAAGGUGCUGGGGAAUGAUAUGGGGCCAGUAUCCCAUGUGACAAAUGAGGAAACUAAGUCACAGAGCUCUUAAGUAAUAGAAGUGGGAUUCAGUUGUGCUGUGUUCUCAGGCACAAUGUACUGCAAGCUUAGAGAAGGGGAUCUUUGAGGAGGGGGAGUGUACCAGGGAUCAGAUCCAAGCCACAUUUUCAACCUAUGCCAUAGCUGUAGCAACAGUGGAUCCUUUAAACCACUGUGCUGGCCUGGGGAUUGAACCUGGGUCUUGGCUCUGCCGGGAUGCUGCCGAUCCCAUUGCACCAUUGAGCUCCCAGAGCAGGGGGGAUCUUGAAGUUCCCCUUAGUUCACUCUGCGGAGGCUGAAUGAAAUCCUGAGGUGAUGGGUGGGGAGACAGUGGCCAUCCGCAAGUGGCUUUUAUAGCAGAUGCCCCACCCAUAUCCUGCCUAACUUACUGCUUCAGUGCACACCAGCCACCCAACUGCCACCCUGUGUCUUUCCGCCUGAGGGCUCCUCUCUUGCUCUUGGCACCUGCUUUGCCAGCCUGCAGCAGACCUGCCAUGCUGGAGGAGUAGCAUAUCCUGGGAGCAGCCCUUAACCAAGGACUGAUGAAUACCCGACUCCCGCACCCCUUACCCAGUGAUCACUGGUGGGAUAAUUCAUGGUGCCUGCCCCACCCGUGCUGGCUCCCAGAGCACCCCAGCAGGACUGAGCUCCAGUUGCCCACAGGGGCCAUUUGCUCGAUGACACCUCCCCGCCUCCCUUAUUCAUGUCCCUGCCAGUGCUUCCUGGGACUUGCCACAGAAACCACUUGCACUCAAAUUGUUGCCUUGGAGUCUGCCUGUGAGGUGGGGAUAGGCUGAACUUGGCCUCUGGUGCAGCGGACUGACAGGCAGCUACAUACCUCAGUACCAGGGGACAGAGCCUUUGGAGCCAGAGUGUCUGGGCUUCCUGGCCCUGCUCCCUCCUUGGGCAAGUGACCUAACUAUUCUGGGCUUCCAUUUUGUCAUCUGUAAAAUAGGCAUUGUAAUAGUGCCCACCUCAUAGGCUGGUUGGGAGGAUUAAGUGACAGGAUGCAUAUAAAGUAAGCACUCGAUAAAUGUUGGCUGCUAUUUCCAAAAUAUCAUCCAAACGGAAAAGAGAGCGUGGUCCUGAGGGCUGCGUACACCCUGCUUGUAGCCUGUCCUACCCCGUCCCCCGCCAGCCGAAGGUACAGCCUUGGCUGCCUGCCUGCCCCACGUCCCCCUCUGCCGCUGGGGGUUGGCGAGCUCCACCACCGACUGUCUCUGCUCUCUAAGAAUAGGUUCCCCUCACAGAUGGCAUCUCUCUGGAUCCUGCCAAAGCAUCUGGUGCCUCCAAAUGCUCCCUCCAGGGAUGAUGGCGGUGUGGUCCUCGUGCAGGGGCAGAGCUCUGGCUCCUGGGAGGAGUCCCCACUCUGUAAGAGCUGGAAAAUGGGCAUUGCCAGAGGGCCCUUGGCACACAGUCGGCACUUCAUAAAUGCUAGUUCCUGAACCAGCACAGUGUUUUAACGUGAAUUUAUUAAGCACCUGCUACUUUUUUUUUUUUUUUUUUUUUUUGCUUUUUAGGGUCCCACCCAUAGCCUAUGAAAGUUCCCAGGCUAGGGGUCGAAUUAGAGCCACAGCUGUCAGCUUAUACCACAGCCACAGCAAUGCCAAAUCCUAGCCAUAUCUGCAACCUGCACCUACAGCUCAUGGCAACGCUGGAUCCCAGACCCACUGAGCGAGGCCAGCGGUUGAACCCACAUUCUUAUGGAUAGUCAUUGGAUUUGUUUCUGCUGUGCCACAACGGGAACUCCACCUACUACAUUUCCAUGAGGUCUGUGACAUGCAAAGCUGUAAACAAAAAUUUUAAAGUAGGAAUUCCCUUCUGGCACACUAGGUUGAGUAUCUGGCAUUGUCACUGCUGUGGCUCAGGUCAGUCUCUGGCCCAGGAUCCUCUACAUGCUGCAAACGUGGCCAAAAAAAUUUUGUUUUAAUUUUUAAAAGAUCAAUAAUGUAUACACAUAGUGUGGAACUUAAAUGGUACAAAAAGUAUAUAAGAGGGAAGAGUCAAGCUCCCCCUACACCCCACCUCCACCUACCCACCCCUCAUAAGGGGCACUUACUGUCGGUACCUUCUUUUUCUUUUUUGGCCAAACUGCAGCAUAUGGAGUUCCUGGGCCAGGGAUCAGAUCUAAGCUGCAGUUGCAGUGAUGCUGGAUCCUUAACCCACUGUGCUAGGCCAGGGAUCCAACUUAUCUCCCAGCAGUUCCAAGACACUGCCAGUCCCCUUGCACCACAGCAGGAACUCCUUAGCUCUGUUUUUUUUUGUUUUUUGUUUUUUGUUUUUUUGCCUCUCCAUGUACUGGCUUGAUGUGGGAUCUCAGUUCCCAGAUUAGGAGGCUGAACCCAAGCCAUGGUAGUAAAAGCACUGAAUCCUAGCCACUAGACCACCAGGGAACUCCCAAGAAACUUUCAUAUGGCACUGUCAUCUUGAGAACUCUCUGACAUCCCCUGCACGUUGGGUUUCUCUUUGAUCAAGACUCACAUCAAAAGUGAGUCCUUUCUUUGGGCCAAUUCCCACCCUGCACAAUCCCCCCCGCCCCGAAAGUCCCCAGACAUCUCGGGCAGAUCUUUACUGUGAUCAUCAUGAAGAAACACCCUAGAUGUUUUGAGCCUUGUCGGAGCAGACGCCCAACACUCAGGCCCACAGGACUCCAAGUGAAAGGGAAAGGACGAAACUGAAGUUAAUUUGGGGCCCUUCUGCUGCUCUGCUCCCAAAUUAGAGGUCGUUCAGGGAACCCAUGAGAGAGCAAUGAUUCAUAGGCUGAGGUGCCAAGAAGCCACCGCCUUCUGUGAUGCUCCAAGCUUCCCUCCUUCCACGUUUCGGCUCCAGAAAGGAUCCUGGAGGUGGUGUUUCUGGCUGCAUUGUUUGCUUCUCCCACUCCCGUGAGUGUGUUUUGGGUUUAUAAGAAUCAGGCUUUAAAUCUGACACCCCGCCCCCCCCCCCAAAGCCAGCACACUGGCCUGGGCUCCACCUCCUGGAGCCAACAGGUUGUGACUUCAGAUGGGUGGCUUUCUGUGACGAAUUAGAGGCUUUAUAAAAAGACGUGUUCUUUUCCCCCUCCCCUUGUUCCAGAUUCAUAGGGAUUGAACGGGUCUUCUUUCAGCUUUGAAAAGCAUUUCAGGCAAACUAUCGCAUUUGUAGUGGAAAAGAAAUGAGAUCCUGCUGUAUAGUACAGGGAACCAUAUCUAACCACUGGUGAUGGAAUGUGAUGGAGGAUAAUUUGAAUAAAAGAAUGUAUAUAUGUGUAUGACUGGGUCACUUUGCUGUACAGCAGAAAUUGACAGAACAUGCUAAAUCAACUUUAAGAACAAAUUUUUAAAAAAAGAGGAGUUCCUGUCACAGCGCAGCAGAGACGAAUCUGACUAGGAACCAUGAGGUUGCAGGUUCGAUCCCUGGCCUCGCUCAGUGGAUUAUGGAUCUGGCGUUGCCAUGAGUGUGGUAUAGGUUGAAGACAUGGCUUGGAUCUGGCUUUACUGUGCCUGUGGUGUAGGCUGGCAGCUAUAGCUCCGAUUGGACCUCUAGCCUGGGAACCUCCAUAUGCCACGGGUGUGGCCCUGAAAAGACAAAAAGACACCCCCCCCCAAAAAAAAAGGAAAUUAAAAAAAGAAAGAAAGAAAAGCAUUUUAGGUGAGAGAGUUUUAAUUUGAACCAGAGGUCUCCCUUAGGACCCACUCUUGUGAGCUGGAGGCUUCAGGGGCCCAGCUAGAGGACAGAGGGAAAGCUGGGCUCUCUUCCAAGUAUUGUUAUUUAAAAAAACAUUUUAAAAAAAAUUUUGGCUACACUUGCGGCAUAUGGAACUUACUGGGCUAGGAAUCGAACCUGCGCUACAGCAGCGACCCCAGCUGCUGUAGUGACAAUGCCAGAUCCUUAACCUGCUGCACCGUAAGGGAACUCCUGACUGUUGUUUUUAUAGAGGGCUCCCUACUUUCUGUUACAGGUCUCUGUGCUCAUGACUUAUCUAAACAAGACAGGACCAACCUGAAAUGCAGGUUGUGGGGUCUCUCUCGGAAAUCUUGUUCCUCCUGCUCUUCCAGGCUCCCCUUUCAGCCUCUCCUCAUGGGCUGGAUGUCAGCUGAGAAAGGGAUCAAGGUCAGACGACAUCAGUUCUUUAAAGACACUCCUUGUUGAGGUGUCCUUUUUAGGUGUGUCAUGAGCCGUCGCAUCUGGUGGAGCCUAUGGACCCUGCUUAGAAUACUGCUUUUAAAACCCAUAAAACAGAGGAGUUCCCUUCAUGGCUCAGCAGUUAAUGAAACUGACUAGCAUCCAUGGGGAUACAGGUUUGAUCCCUGGCCUCACUUAGUGGGUUAAGGAUCCCGCAUUGCCAUGAGCUAUGGUGUGGGUUGUAGACGCGGUUCAGAUCUGGCAUUGCUGUGGCUGUGGUGCAGGCCGGCAGCUGUAGUUCCGAUUUGACCCCUAGCCUGGGAACCUCCAUAUGCCGCGGGUUCGGCCCUAAAAAGCAAAGCAAAAAAAACCAAAAAAAAAACCAAAAAAAAAAACCAUAAAACAGGAGUUCCCUCUCUGGCACAAUGGGAUUGGCAGCAUCUCUGGAGCACAGGGACACAGGUUUGAUCCCGAGCCCAGUACAGUGGUUUAAAGGAUCUGGUGUUGCUACAGCUGAAGCUUCGGUGGCAGUUGAGGCUCAGAUCUGAUCCCUGGCCCUGGAACUCCAUAUACCUUGGGGAGGCCAAAAAAAAAGAGGAUUACAAAAGACAACAAUCAUAUUGAAUAUUGAAAUAAUGAUCAAAGUAUUUUUAAAACUUGUGAUUUAGUAAUGUAUGUUCUUCUCUGACACCUUAAAUAACAAGAUCUGGGCGUUCCCGUCGUGGCUUAAUGAUAACGAACCCGACUAGUAUCCUUGAGGACACAGGUUUGAUCCCUAGCCUCACCCAGUGGGUUAAGGAUCCAGCGUUGUCGUGACCUGUGGUGUAGGUGGCUCAGAUUCCGCUUUGCUGUGGCUGUGGCGCAGGCCAGCACUCCAGCUCUGAUUUGACCCCUAGCCUGGGAACUUCCAUAUGCCAUGGUUACGGCCCUAAAAAGACAACAACAACACAAUUUAAAUAAAUAAAUAACAAGAUCUAGUGGUAUGUCCAAAACUACCAUGACUUCACAGGUACAUUAAGCAUAAACAGUGCCUAAAGAUCCAUGUAGCUGCUCUAAUAGGAUAUGGAAAUAGCUGCAGUUUCUCUUGGUGUUAAUGUCCCAGGGGGCUGCUAAGAAGCCUACAUUCAGAAUUGAAGGAAAUGUUACAUUUCGGUUAGAGACUAGUGAAAGUAUAGAUUAAAUUUUUUUUUUUUUUUUUUCCUGCCCAAGUUCAUGAAACUUGGAUUCAUGGAUCACAGAUUCAGAACCGCUGCUUGAGAGUGACCUCCCCAGGAGUUGUCUGGUGGUGCAGUGAGAUAAGGAUCUGGCGUUGUCACUGCAGAGGCCUGGGUUGCUGCUGUGGUGUGGGUUCAGUUCCUGGCCUGGGAACUUCCAGGUUCCCUGGGUGUGCCCCGCAUCCCCCCUCCCCCCCGAGAAAGAGAGAGUAACCUUCCCAGCCCGAGCCUGUGGCAGCUGACAUUGCAUCCCAAGCCCUGAGCACAGGAAUAGUAAAAAUAACGGCUAGUAUUGGCUGAGUUCUUGCUAAGUACUAGGUAUUUGGUGAUAUCGGAAGCAAGGAUUUAGCAAUGAAAGGAGCCCGUUCCUGCUCCCCUGGGGCUUACCAUCCAGGAGGGGGAGACUGGCAAAUAUACAGAUGCGAUCAUUUCAGAGUGGAAGGUGCUGGGAAGUCAGUGGUACGGACAGUGUAACAGCCACUUGGGAGGAGAAUGGCAGAGUCUGUUUUCCAGGGAAGGCCUCUCUGAGGAGGUGAUGUUUGCUCUGAGACCCAGACAAGGAGGAGAGAGCCAGGCAAAGAUGUAAAGAAAGGGUGUUCCCCCGCGCAGGUCCUGCAGAGCUCACCAGCCCCGAGUGGGGAACAGCUGACAGCCUUCCAGGGCCUGGCAGGAAGUCUGGGUGGCUGGGGCAGGGUGCCAGGCCGGGAAAGAUUGGAGAUGGAGUCCCAGAGGCAGGCUGGGCCAGUCAAGCAGGCUUCGUGGGCCUGGGAUUUCUUCCAGGUGUGACAGGCAGCCUUUGGCAGGUUUAAGCAGGAGAAGGAUGUGAUGUGAUUUACAUUUAGCUGCGUGUGGAGAACAGGGUGUAGGGGGCCAGGCUGGCAGCGAGGAUCCAGGGAGGUUGCCCUGCAAUGGUCCAGGUGAGAGACCGUGGCAACCUGGCCCAGGGUGGGGCCCCAGGCUGGAAAGAAGUGGAAAAAUCUGGGGGGGGGGGUCCUUGGGAGAGAGACUCAGUGGGCCAGGGCUUUUUGGAGGUGGGCGAGGGAGAGGGGUGUAGCAGAUGACACCCACAUCCCCCCUCCUUAGGCCUUCCCUCCCAGCUGAGAAACAGGCCUGACCCUGCCCCCCAUCGCCUCCUCAGCCCCCUGCGGCCCUCCAUGGCCCCUCUGGGGCCAGCCACCCGCCCACCAGGCCCCUGGCAUUCGAGCUUCCCAGCUGGCCCCGAUUGUUGUCACUCCCCAGGGAGUCAUGGGAACACACUCCCCCUGCCCCCUCUGCCCCCCUCUUCCCAGACAGGGCCAGGCCCUAACAAUGCCCCUCAGCCAGCCAGUGGCCUGGACACAAUGCCCCUGUUUCGGUUCAUUGCCAGCUCCAGGAGGCCUGCUGGGUUUCCUGGCCUGUUUGGCAUAUAUAUAACUCUGGCUCCCAGCCGGGAUUUUUUUUUUGUUGUUGUUGUUGUUUAAAAGGGAGAGGGAGAAUCUCUGGCUCCUCCUCUUUGCAUAUCUUAAUAUAUUAUAAAAAGCCUUUCUCUUCUCCCGAGCCCUCCGACUCCCCUCCCUGACUGCAUUUGCCAUGUGCCUGUCAAACCGGGGGACCAAAUGCAGGUCAGCAGGUGUCAGCAAGAAAACAGAGAAAAAGAAAGAAAAGCGGCUGGCUCCACCGUGGCCAACCUGGAAUGUGCUGGUGAGGCUGGAGGUGAGGAGAACAAUGAGGGCCUGUGACAGGGCGGGCACCGGCCCGUCGCUUUGCGUCCACCUUAUCGCCCGGCUUCUAAGACGCCGUCAAAGAGGCAGCCCGACAUUAUUUUGAGCCCCUAAGAAAGAAAAGAGCUGCUGACUCAAAAUGGACAUGCCCUUGAUUGUCUGCUGCAUCUCAGUUUCAGAGAUGUUAACAUACAGGGAAAAGAAAAAAGUCUGAGAGUCAGUGGAAUAUGGGCUUCUUGUCUCGUCUACACACUUGGUUGUCCCCCCAAACGUAUUUCCGUCCUCGUCUCUGAACCUAGUGGACUUUGGGAGGCAGUGCAGGGACUUUUCGCCUUUGGAAAAUUCGAGAGGAGAUGUAGGCAAGCGGCUCCACUGAUUGAUCCCUCAUUCUUAGGAACAACCAACAUCUGUGGAGGGCUCUCUCUGCGCCCGCCACUGCCCUAAAUACUUUAAAGAGCCGUUAAUGUCCCAACAACCCUCCUAGCUCAACUCUGUCAUUAUUAUUAGUAUCAUCCCCCUUUUAUUUUAUUUUUAUUUUUUAUUUUUUCCUUUUUAGGGCCGCACCUGUAGCAUAUGGAGGUUCCCAGGCUAGGGGUCUCAUCAGAGCUACGGCCGCCAGCCUAUGCCACAGCCGCAGCAAUGCCAAAUCCAAGCCCUGUCUGCAACCUACCCCACAGCUCACGGCAACGCCGGAUCCUUAACCUGCUGAGUGAGGCCAGGGCUCGAACCCAUACCCUUAUGGUUCCUAGUCAGAUUCCUUUCCACUGCACCACAAUGGGAACUCCUCAUCCCCAUUUUACAGAUGAAGAAACAGAGUCCCUCUGCUCUAAGGGCUGCCCACCCCCUCGCUACAGCCUUGGUCAGGGCAGGCAUAGCCACUAUGUCUGGUUUCCUCCUCUCUCCUUGGAAAAGCAUAAUCCCUCCUCAGAGGCUGGGGUGAGACAGAGAAAGAAAGUGGCACUGGGUAGACCUUAGAGAGGAGAGAUCGCCAGAGCAUGAACUCAGGAAUUGGGAGGCUCGCUUAUCAACCAGAGACUUAUCUGCUUCCAUUGGACCUUGGACUUUCUUGGCCCAACCCCACUGAAUGUAUGGAUCAGCUGACAGCCAAGGACUUGGCCAAGGCCACACAGCCAGGCAGCUGCUGGCUGGCACUAAGCCCCAUGUCUCCGGUUUCAUCAUGAAGACUCUCUUUCCCUGCUCUUCCACAUCUGUGUCUGUAGUCACUUGCAAAGCAGAGGACCCAUGCUGGUGCUGGUUGGUUCCUUGGCAGUGAUGAUGUCACUAAUAGUAGUUAACAUUUAUUGGGCGCUUACUCUGUGCCAGGCACAGGCAUCAGGGAUUGUGAACUCAGGUACCUGGAAUGGCAGGGCAAGUAAGGUCACUGAGUGAGGCAGGCCAGGCAGGGAUGCUGGUGGCCUGGAGUGUCAAGGCUCUGGCUAAAUGGGGGACAGCAACUGCCCAGCACCCUGAUGGCCUGCCUAGUAUCACUAGACAUUACUGGGUUUAUAAUUUUUUUUUAUUUUUGGCCAUAGCAUGCAGCAGCUUGAUAUGGGAUCUCAGUUCCCAGACCACGGAUUGAACCCCAGGCCAUAGGGCAGUGAAAGCGCCAAGUCCUAACCACUAGACCACCCAACUGUUUGUUUUUUUGUUUGUUUGUUUGUUUUAAGCCAGAUGUUUGAAUUUUUUACUCAUUUCCCAACUUAAAGUAUUUUAAAACUAAUUCAUAAUUCCCAGGAAAAAAAAUACCCCGGGCAAAUUACAUUGCAUCUCUGGGCCAGUCUGCAAACUCUCCUUGUCUCAUUUUCUUAUUCAACCCUGACAUCCAUUCUGUCAAGAAGCCUUUACCCCUUGUUCUACAGAUGAGGCCAAGCAACGCUCUUUAGUGGGUAAAUCACUUACCAUCUAGCCAAGCCACGUGGUUAGGGUCUGUCUGCCUGACUCCCAAGAUUGCUCCUCUGUUAGACAGCUUCUCAGAUGGGUAAGAGGCCUGUGUUCAGACACAGAGCUGGCACAGUGACAGAACAUCACCAGGGACAGUAAACCGUAGGUCACACAAUUCAGUGUAGUGACAAGGGAUCAUUUGAGAUGAACGUAAUGUUGCAGACAUAAAACUCCCCACCUCCUUCUGCCAGAACUCAACAAUGGCUGUCUCUGUGCCCCUUAAUAAAAUUAAGUCACCAUAGAAUCAUUUCUCCCAAUUAUGCAUUCCUUAUCAUAAUGGGAUGUUCAUGUUUGGAGGUUUUGUGUUUUGUUUUGUUUCUAAACUAAGAAUGUAUGUUUAGGGGAAGUGAUGUAUGUGGAAUAAAUAGCUUUGAACUAUU